AGGAAAAAACAGAGCAGUGCAGAGAGCCGAAGAGAGCAGAGCUGCUGCUGCAGCAGAUUUUAUUUUAUUUUAGAGUAGAUCAUACCUUAUUAUUAUUUUCACCGUCCACCCUAUAAACCCAUACGAGUUAGGACUCUUCUUGAUCGCUCCUCAAAGCUCUUGGAAAAUUUCAAGGGAUUUUGAGAAGCUAGGGUUGCCAUGGAAAUCUUCAAUCACUUCGACAACGGUGAGAACCAACUUCCUCCGGGCUUCCGAUUCCACCCAACUGACGAAGAGCUUAUAACAUACUAUCUCAUGAAGAAGGUCAUUGAUAGCAGUUUCACAGGCCGAGCCAUUGCCGAAGUGGACCUCAACAAGUGCGAGCCAUGGCAGCUUCCCGAAAAGGCGAAGAUGGGCGAAAAGGAAUGGUAUUUCUUCAGCCUCCGGGAUCGGAAGUACCCAACUGGGCUUCGAACAAACAGAGCGACGGAAGCCGGGUACUGGAAGGCUACUGGAAAAGAUAGAGAGAUUUACAGUUCUAGAACUGGAUCUCUGGUGGGGAUGAAGAAGACUCUGGUUUUUUACAAAGGGAGAGCUCCUAAGGGAGAAAAGAGCAACUGGGUCAUGCAUGAAUACCGUCUUGAAGGGAAAUUCUCUUAUCAUUACCUCACCAGAAGCUCUAAGGAUGAGUGGGUCGUUUCCAGGGUCUUUCAGAAGAGCGGAGUUAGUGGAGGGAAGAAGGCCCGUAUCGGAGGCGGUGCUGGCUUCACCGACGUUGGGUCUCCGUCGUCCUCAUCGAUUCCACUGCUACCCGAAUCAUCACCGUACACAGCAGCGGCUGCGGCAGACCGGGAGAGCUGCUCCUACGAGAGCGAGAGCACAAGGGAGCACGUGUCCUGCUUCUCCACCGUUGCCACAGCCUCGAACUUCAACCCUCAGCCUAUGGUGCCUGCGUCAUUCCCAACAGACCCCACAGGGCAGUUUGGGAGGAACGGCGGAGGGGUUCCGACGUUCCCAAGUCUGCGGUCGUUGCACGAGAAUCUUCAGCUGCCGUUCUUUUACUCAGCUGUGGCACCCAUGCCGACACUGGCGUCGGCAUCGAGUUCCGUGAGUCCCAGUGAGAUGGGUGGGUGUGGUUUGGCUGGAAACUGGACUGGCGCUGAUCAGAAGGUGGAGAAGAACAGGCAGCAGCUGCAGAUGGGAGGUACCGAGCUGGAUUGCAUGUGGACGUACUGAUCUCUCUCUCUCUCACACACAUUUCUGUUUUAGUUUCUGGUAUGGGAUUUAUGACUUCUAUUAUGAUAUAUAGCAUGUGACAUGAUGGAAAUGAACCUUUAGGUUUCAACUUUGAAAUCAUAUUUCCAGUUUAUGAUUUGCAUUUCUGUUA